AUGAAUGACAAUGAAGUGGGUAACAAAUACGAUAGACAGGUGCGUCUCUGGAAUCCCAACGGUCAGAGAUGUCUUGCUAAUUCAUCGAUGUGUUUGAUCAAUGCUAAUACUACCGCUAGCGAAACGCUCAAGAACUUGGUUUUACCCGGCGUUGGAAAACUGGUUAUUGUCGACGAUGGCCGACAAACCACGGAUCAAGAUUUGGCCUCAAACUUUUUUUUACGGGAUAAUGCUAUCCGUUCAGUGAGAGCUGUGGAGAUGGCCCAUACUCUAGGUCAACUGAAUCCGGACGUACAUGUUGAGGCUGAGAUCAGGCCGUUAGACCAACUUCUUGAUGAACCUCAAUACUGGUCUCAGUUCAACUGCGUAAUGGUAUCAUCGUUUCUUGAGAGUCCUGAACUUCAUCAAGCACUAUCAAACCUAUUAUGGAAUCAAAAUAUAUGUCUGAUAGAGGUCAACUCAAUAGGUUUUUACGCUACUUUGCACAUCCAAUACAAGGAACAGGAUAUAAUCGAGACCCAUGACAAUAGUUUGGACGACCUUCGUCUAGAUUUACCUUGGCCUGAGCUACAAAAACAUAUAGAUAGCAUCGAUCUUGAUCAGUUAGAUGAUCAGGCCUUUUCUAAUGUUCCUUACAGUAUUAUCUUAACCAAAGUGUACCAAAAGUUGGUAUCGACGUCUGCAGAAUUUUCAAGGCCUGUACCGUCAACCGUUAGAAACUUUGUACAAUCGGAACUCAGAAGAACGGGAGAUGAGACAAACUUGGAAGAAGCGUGCAACAGAGCCAUUUUGGUGUUGAAGAACUCUAAAGAGAUUCCAGGUAACUUAAAGGAGAUCUUUGAGGAUGACGAAUUAGACUGUGGUGAUAGGUUCUGGGUUCUUGUUAAGGCCUUGAAGAUUUUCUACAAUAAUCACGGAGUUUUACCGUUAAGUGGGGUUUUACCUGAUAUGGAGUCAGAUACCGUCAAUUAUAUGGCUUUGACCAAACUCUAUAGAGAAAAGUUUAACGACGAUAAGAAGGAGCUAAGAGGUUACAUUGAGGACAAAGAAAUGUUUACAGACUCAGAAUUGUCGACUUUUGUGAAGAAUUGCCGCUAUAUGCAGGUUCUUAGAGGGUCCAGAAAGUUGUUUAGUGGCAAUCUACUAGUAGAAAACGAGAACAACCCACGGAUGAUCCAUAAUUUGAACAUCUAUGUGGCUUUCCUUGCAGUCAAGAGUUUCUACGAACGAAAACAUCGGUUCCCAAAUUUGAAGGAUCGUGCAAAACUUCGUACUGUGGCUAUUUCUUUACUCUGCCGCUAUCAGAAUGUAAAGAACUUCCCGGAAGGAUUGGAAAAGGUUUUAGAUGAGAUUUGCAGAUACAACGGUAAUGAAAUGCAUAAUACAUGUGCUCUUAUAGGAGGAGUAGCAGCACAGGAAGUGAUCAAGGUAUUGACCAAUCAAUACGUUACUUUGGAUAAUUGUUUGAGUUAUGAUGGAGUUAACUGUGAAGUGAGAAGUUGGUCUAUAGGCAGUAGCUAA